UUUCAGUUUUCUCUUCUACGUCGAACAGGGAAAAUCAAAUAAAAAUCGAUUAUUUACUUCUUGAGAUUAAAAUUUUCCACAGAGAGUUAAGAAGAAGUUUGAGGCUUGUUUACAACGAUGACUGACACUGGAAAUUAUUGUGAUGAUUUUAAGUGACAUGAGUAGUUAAUGAGGAUUAUUUAAAUUACUUGUGAACAUUUAAAUAAGAUUAAGUUUGAGAAGAAUCGACAUAAUGGAUGACAAUGAAAGCAAAUCAAAUAUUCGUGAUUUAAUCAGUGCAUCGUUAAUAGCUCCCGACAAACGUAAAUGUGAUGACAACAAUGACAAUAUUGCGACUAAAACUGACAUGGAACAGCCAUCUUCAAAGGAUGAAGAAACUAACGAGGAGAACACUGACACGAAUAAAAUUAAACCCAAACAAAUGGUUGGACUUUUCCCUCUCGAUCUUCGAUCGGAAUUGAAACUGCGUGUUGGUGGUGGCAAAGCUGGAUUUAGUCUUAAAAAAUCGACAACAAAUGUUGACAUCUUCGAUAAAAAGCCCAAAAGUGAUCCAAUUCCUAUAAAAUUACCUGAAGCAAAGAUCAACCGUCCAAGUGACUUAUUGAAGUCACUUCAAGAGAAACAAAGUCAGAAGACGGUCGCAAAAGAUGACAGCGAUGAUGAGGGUGGACAAGAAAAUCUUUCAUUUAAAGAAAAGCUUCAACUUAUUGAACGAAGUAGCAGCAAAAAUCUUAUUACUCCUUUUUCAGUACAGCAACAAUCGCUUGCGAAGAGCAAAAGCUAUUCAGUUGUGCCACAAAAAUCGACAGAAGCAUUGAGGGAACGAUUGAAACGAUUGAAUGAUUUAGAGAAUAAAAGUAACACGAGUAUCGAUCAAACUUCAUCUGACGAGGACAACGAGAAGAUGAGCGGAUCAAUCGCUGAACGUUUAGCGCUUCUUAAAAGUAAUGGUGAAAAUAAUUGGCGUAAACGUGUCACAAAGAAAGAAGUUUUGAGUGAUGAUAUCAAACGUGAAAGUUUAGUUGGAGAAAUUUUAUCAGCAACAAAAGAGAAAGAAAAUGAAUUUUCAAAGGCACCAAUUCGUCAAGUGAAAUCAGUUGAAGGUGGAAAUAUUCUUGAUCGUCUUGAACAGAUCAAAACAAACUCUGAAAAAUGGAAAAAUCGAAUUGAACCAACUGAUGCGAAUAACUUCAAGAUAUCAAACGACAGUGUUGAUGAUCCACCAGAACUUCCUUUUAUAAGAGAAGAGUCUCGAAAAUGUCCACCAAUGAAGUCCUUCAAGUCCGAUAAAGUUCAAUCAUUUAAAUUAUCAAAAAGUACGUCGACGACUUUUGGAUCACCGAAAGUGACCUCAAAUCAUAAAACUUUCACUCGUUCAGCAAGUGUUCAAGAAGAUUCUUCUUCACCAGCGCCAAUUCUUCGAGGUCUGAAAGUUCAAUUGCCAACUUUAGAUCAAGGAAUUGAAAGUUUCUUUCCGAAAGUGAGUGAAAGUGUUGAAGAGUCGGUCGACAUUACCGACUUUGAUGACAUAAAAAGCGAGUCUCGAAUGUUGUCAACAAGGAAAGUGACACAAGGUCCGAAACGACGUCGUCCAGCAAAUGCCAUGAGAGUCUUAGCACAUCUUAGAACUGAUAAGAUCACCGAAUACACUGAAAUGGUUCCCGACUCACCAUCGCCAACAAGCGAAUCCAAAGAUAGAAAGAAAAGCAAAUUCACUGCCGAAGCUCUCGCUGGUCUUGCAUCUGUCGAAGACUUCACAAACAUCUCUCUAAAGUCGAGUUCAGAUCCACUCACCGUCACACAUUUACCAUACAAAAACGAUUCACCGAUGUUGAUUCACAUCAAAGGACGUCGUCACGUUCAAUGUCGUUUGGUUGAUGCAAAAUUCUCAAAUCUCAAUGACGGCGACUGUUUUGUACUCGUCACUAAUGACAAACUCUUCAGUUUCAUCGGUAAAUUUGCCAAUGUCAUUGAGACGAAAGUUUGUAAAGAUUUUUGUACUUCGAUACUUCGUGAUAAAGAUCUUGGAUGUAAUGCCAACAUGUUGAUGUCAAUCACGGAGAAGAAUCUUGACGGUUACAAUGGAAAGAUUUUCUGUAAAAUUCUUGAGCGAGAUGAAGAUGAGUUGUUAACAUCUGCUGGUCACUCAGAUGAAGAUGAACUCAUUGAAUCGUGUUUGCAAGAGACAAACAUGGCUUACGAGUUUAUCAAUGAUGAAUUGGUUCCCAUUGAAGACUUCUGGGGACAACCGAUGACAAUUUCAAUCGUAAAUUCAAAGAAAAUUCUUGUUUUUGAUUUCGGAUCGGAAAUGUACGUUUGGAAUGGAAAGAAUGCAUUGCCGGACUCGAAGAAGAUUGCUUUAAUGUUAGCAGAAGAGAUGUUUGAAGAUGCUUUUGAUUAUAAAAUGUGCCAUUCAAAUCCACUCGACUUUUCAUCACUUUGCGGUCAUCGAAGAAGUAAAGAGAGAAAGAUGAAAAGCGCUGGAAUUAAGCGAGCGGAAUUCUCACUUCUUGGUCGUGUUAAUCAAAAUAUGGAAACGAUUUUAUUCCGACAAAAGUUCACUGAUUGGCCUGACAUUAAAAUCAGCAUCAAAAAUGGAAUUCCUCAUGUCGAUUGCAAUGAAAUUAUGCAAAUUGAUGGCAAUUAUUUACAUCGCAGUUGGAAUUAUGACGAACCGAAUCUUGUACUUGAAAAUUCGAAUCUUGGACGUGGACAUUUUUACUACGAUGAUGAUACGCGAAGACAUUUCGAGAUAAUCAACGUGUCAGUUAAUAAAUGGCAUGCAAGUGCAAGUGAAGGCAAUCAAGAACUUCCAAUUGAAGAUUUCUGUCACUUCUAUUCGACGGAAUCACACACAACGCGUUGGGUUUAUCAAAUAUCAAUAACUGUGAGGGAGUUGAGUGGAAAAGUGUCAAAUCGAAGCACUGUUGGACGUGAUAGAACCGCUUACUUCAAUUGGCAAGGAUGUGAUGCAUCAGCAAGUGAACGUGGAACGUCAACACUUCAUAUGGUCGAAUUAGAUAAAGAAAAAGGCUCACAAAUGAUCAUUCAACAGUUUCAAGAGAUUCCCGCAUUUGUUCGUCUCUUCAAAGUGAUGUUCAUUCAUAAGAAACGAAGUGACGAGUCACGUUACGAUUCAUGGCGAAUGUAUUUGAUUCAUGGAAGUGAUCAAAAUGAGACAAUCGUUUAUGAAGUUUCAUGUGAAAUGAAACAAUUAAGAUCAAGAGCUUGCAUGCUUUUGAUUCAUGGACAAAAUGGUCAACUUGUAUUGUGGAAAGGAUCGAAGACAACCGAGCAACAACAAAAGAUUGCUCUCAAUGUUUGUUCGAAGAUUUGUGGAAAGAAAUAUCGCGAGUUUUAUGCAACUGAACGUAUAAGAUUGCGUGAACAUGAUGAAGGAGAAGAAAGUGAAGAUUUCUUCAAAGCUUUCGAUGAUGAAAGUUCUUUUGACGAUGAAAGAGAGAUUUACAACAGUUUAAUUGAUCGUUCAGAAUCGUUUGACUUUACACCGCGAAUGUAUGAAUUGACGAGUACAAAUGGAAGCUUUGAAGCAAUUGAAGUUGUACCAGGAUUGAGAUCGAAAGAUUGUCAUUUAGCUUUUCCUUUUGUUCAGCAAGAUCUUUAUAACGCUCGUCAACCGACACUUUUCAUUGUUGACAAUGGAUAUUCAAUUUAUUUAUGGCAAGGUUGGUGGCCGAAAGUCGAAGACGAUCAUGAUGAAGUUGACGAUGUUAAUAAUGUCGAGAAUCGUGCUGGUGAGAAUCGAUGGCAUUUAGAACGGUGUGAAGCGAUGCAAACGACGAUUGAUUAUUGGAAAGCAAAGUGUGGUCACGAUGAAACUUAUCGGAAAGAUGCUUUCAUUGUUACUGCCGGUUUUGAACCGAUUGAGUUUCAAACAAUUUUUCCCGAGUGGAAAAUUCACGACGAUGUCGUUGAGAUGAACAGUCAGAAUCCAACCAAAAAUAUGAUGCAACUUGAUGAAUAUUUGUUGCGAUUUCAACAAAGCGUUUAUCCACUUGACGUGCUGCUUAAACGACCACUUCCUGAAUAUGUUAAUGCGACGAAAUUGGAAAUGUACCUGAGUGAUGAUGACUUUGAAAAGACGCUUGGAAUGGAUAAAAAUGAAUGGAAGAAAUUACCAGCAUGGAAGAAAACUAAUCUUAGAAAGGAAGUUGGUUUGUUUUAAUUAAUUUCAUGCUGCUUUAAACAACCACAAACAUAUAUCAAAUAAGACUUAAUCACUCACCAUUGAUGAGUAGAAUUAUAUAAUUGGAAAUUGAUGAAAUUCAUCAACAUCUUGCACAAUGCUUAAAAGAAAAAAAGAUUGAAUCAGUGCCUGUUGUGUUUACCAACAUUUAUCCAACGAAAUUUAAAUUAAAAUCAACAUUUUAUAAGCAAUUCCUACACGACAAUUUUUGAUGACAAUUUUUCAUAACUUAACAAACAUUAAAAAUAAAUUCUUUGUAAUCAAUUUCUUAUUAGACGCAUUUAAUCAUUUUUCGAUGAGGUUUGGAAAGUUUUGAACUUUUUUGAUCACAAUUCAAUUUUUCUACUUAAAACAACUUGAAAGUUUUACUUAACUAGAUAAUUAUCUAAGGCAAUGAUUGUUCGUUCACAUUUUAUUCGAAUACCUUUUUUAGAUUCUCAAUUUUAUUCUAAAUUAUUUAACUCUCAAUCAUAUCAAAAAAUCAUAUAAAAGCAUACAAAGUGCCUGUUUAAGGCUUUUAACAUUCGAUUUUAAUAAAACUUUAAUAUCACUUUGAUUGUCGUAAGCUCGAGACUUAAAAGCAUUGAAAUGAUUUCAAUAUUUUAUAGCGUGAUAAUAAAUAUUUCAAAGCAUGAUAUUUACACCAAUCAUUAAAUUGCGAGUCAUGAAAGGUUGAUAACAUUAACGUAAAUCCUAUAAAUUUGUAUGCCAGCCAAUAUGUUUAAUUAAAUUAUAUUGUUUUAAAAAGGCGAGUUUUUGUUUUGGAAAUUUACUCAAAAUCUUUGUAAGAUUAAUUAUGUAAUUGAAAAAUCCUAAUUUUAUAAUUAAAAAUAAACUAAGAGUGAAACAAAAAA